AUGUACUUGGUUUUUUCUGUCCAGUUUCUCUCCUCCUCCACACUUUGCCAAUGUUCCUUCCAGGUAUCUUUCCUUCCACGCUACCCAUCACAAAUUUCUGUAGAUCCCCAGUGUAUUAUUCCCCCUUCUUCUCAUGAUGCUUCACUGUUUGAAUGGGUGGUUGUUGUAUCUCUGGGGGCUGUUGUGGCUUCUCAGCUAGUGGAAUCUGUUGAAUUUGUUUCUUUCCCUCGACCCUCUGUUGAGGCAUGGUCUGCUCUUCAUUGA